UAAGGUCGAAGAUGUUUCGAGGAACUACAGUUGUCGACAAAACAACCAGAACACCUUUUAAGAAAAUUGAAAAUCUACAUAAAUUUUUUAUAUUUCGUGAAAUUAAACAAGAAAUAAUGAGCGAUUUGUCUGAAAACGUUGAACAAAACAACAUGCAGCAGGCUGAGAACGAAAAUACGUGCGUCGUGUGCUUCAAGAAGACAUUCAUCUUCUCAAUCGGUUCCUGCAAUCAUCCAGUAUGUUAUGAAUGCAGUGCUAGAAUGCGUUGUCUAUGCCUUCAAAAUGAAUGUCCUAUAUGUCGUCAAGAUUUACCGCGGGUAAUAUUCACCAAGACUAUCGACUUAUUCCUUACUUUGGACAAAACAACUCGUUCUGGAUUAUUUGAGAAAAAGUUUCGUAUAGUAUUUGCUGAUUUAGAGAUACAGAAAGCAUUUUAUCACUUACUUGAACAUCGAUGUCCAAGGUGCGAAGAUAGUAAUCUAUUUGUUGAUUUUUAUAAGCUCAAAGAGCAUGUUAGGAAGGUCCAUGAGCAGUUCUAUUGUGAAAUUUGUACAGAAAAUCUCAAAGUAUUUUCUUCAGAACGUAGAUGCUAUACACGACAGGAAAUAGCACAACAUAGACGAGUUGGAGAUCCAGAUAAUAAGAGCCAUAAAGGACAUCCACGUUGUGAUUAUUGUGAGCUCCGAUAUUUGGAUAAGGAUGAACUUUUCAGGCAUUUAAGACGUGAACAUUAUUUCUGUCAUUUAUGUGAUGCCGAUGGAAUUAAUUUGUUUUAUGGAACUGUUCGAGAAAUGCGGGAUCAUUUUAAAGCUGAGCAUUUCCUCUGUGAGGAAGAGGAUUGUCUUGAAGAGGAAUUUACUGCUGUUUAUCGAACAGAAAUUGAUUUACGUGCUCACAAAGCAACUGUUCAUUCUAAAAAUAUGUCGAGGAUGGAAGUUAAGCAUGCAAGGACAUUAGACCUUGAUAUUUCAUAUGGACCACGUGGUAGAGGUGGAGGAAAUGAGAAUAAUAAUAAUAGACAUCCUAGGAUUCGGACGAAUGACACGCAGAGAGAAUUUGACAUUAAUCCUGAACAGCAAAUCGUCCAGAUGCCUCCAAUUCAAAUUGACACGAAGAAUGAAGAUCAUUUUCCGUCUCUUGGUGUUCCAUCUAAUGCAUCUAACGCAUCUAAUGGACCUGUGCAAUUAGCUAAUUCUGUAAGGCAUGUCUAUUAUGGACAGCAGGGACUUGCUCGUACUAAAGAGAAUUUCCCAGCACUAGGCGGUUUAGGCAAUGAGAGAAAUUCAAGUCAACCUAAGCAAAAUAAUGGAAAUAAGCAAAAUUCAUCAAGUAAACAAUCAGCUCCCUCAGCAAGUAGUUUAUUCAAAGCAAAUAAACCAUCGUCAGCUCCUCAACAAAAUUAUCAACAAAAACCUCAAUCAUCAACUUCCAAUCCUCACCCUAAAAACAUUUACAAAAAAGAUUCAAUUGCUGACUUCCCAUCACUAGGACCAAGUUCCUCAAAAAAUUCUUUUUUCACUGAAAGUCCAAAAUAUUCAUCAUCGCAGAGUAUUGAUCGAAAGCCAACGACAUCAGUUGCUUCCAAAAGUUCAGUUCCAGCCACUAUUAGUAAAAAGAAUUUGUUCAACGAUUAUCCAACGAUUAGUUCCGCUGCAUCGAAAAAACGAGAUUUAUUAAUGGAAGAUCUUAUAUUGCCAUCAAAUAAUAACAUUGAUAAAGGAAUGAUAGCUGCAAAGCAUAAAGGAUUAAUGAAUGAUUAUGUAUCAAUUGCAUCUCAAAUGACUAAAGUUAGCUUAGUCAAGCAAAAAGAGGAAUCAAUUGUCGAGAAUCAGCAAUUUGUUCCGACAUUAAGUUCCGAGAAUAAUUUUCCUACUCUCGGCUCAAGCGAUUCAGCCUCAAAACCUAUUCAAUGGAUAACUGUUAACAGUAAAAGUAAUAACAAUAAUCAAAAGCAACAGCCACAGCAAAAUGUAGGUAAUAAAAAUAGUUUUAAUCCGAAGAAACAACAACAAAAAAAUGAAGUGCCUCAAAAGAAUCAAAAAACAAAUGGAACAAAAAAAGUUAAUGAUGAAAAUAAGAAGACGUCUAAUGACAAGAAAAUUGCAAAAGACAAUACCGAUAAGGAGAAUCGUACUAUGCUUGAAAGUAAAUUGGGUUCUUCUGUUAAGUCACCACCUCCUGGAUUUCAACAGAUUCAACCUAUUACUGCUAGAUAUCAUCCAGUGCCUGAUGCAAGUAAAAGGAAUCAAGGUUUAGUUGAUGAAUUUCAAAAGGUCUUAAAGACCAAUGAAUCUAUGCAGGAAUUUCGAUUGUUAUCGCAAAUGUUUAGAGAUGGAAGCUAUUUCGCUCGUAGCUAUUAUGAGUCAUGCAAAGGUGUUUUAGGCGAGAAAUUUGAUACAAUUUUUCCUGAGUUGUUGGCUCUUUUACCUGACAUCGAUAGACAACAGAAACUUUAUCGCAUACAUCUUGAAGAGUCACUCACCGAUGUCGAUAUCACAGACGACACUCCAACAAUAACAAAGAAGAAGAAUAAAAAGUCUCAAAAAACUUUGGAAGUUUGUGCCACAUGUCAACAAGUCUUGCUAAGUAAAGAUUUAUCGUUGCAUGUUCAGUCACAUUCAUUGGAAAAUAGUUUUCCAACACUUUCAAAAAAAAUUUCUUCGUCUAAAGCUGCUGGAGGGAAGAAAUAAAUCAUUCGAGGCCCCAAAAAAAAGACUCAAGCAUGAUAUAAUAAUUUAUAACUGUUUCCGUUUAAUUCCUUUCCUUUUUUUUUCUUCGUUACACAUUAAAUAAACAAAAAUUUAUGCAAGAAAGUGUAAAUUGAAUGUAAAUUUUUAACAAAUUGAUCAUUUCUAUAAAAAAAAAUCAAAAGCAGCAUCAUAAUGCUCAAGA